UCCGAGAAACGAGGAUUCGAGCGUUCCCAUUGGUCAGGAGCCUCAGGCAGAGCUGGACUCCAUCUUCCAGGUUCUGGAGGAGCAGGUCCUGAGGUUUGUAAAACAGCAGCUGCAGAGGCUUCACAGACUCCUGGCCUCAGAUUACCCAGAAUGCCCCGAGAGUGAGGAGGAGGAGGAGAGCCGAGAGGUUCUGACCAUCACCUUGGAUUUCCUGAAGAAGAUGGACCAGGAGCAGCUGGCCCAACGCCUUUUCAGCAGGAGUAAAGUUGGAUUCAGAGAUAAACUGAAGUGUGAUCUGAAGCAGAGGUUCAGCCGUGUGUUUGAGGGUGUCGCUAAAGCUGGAGACUCCGCCCCCCUGACCCAGAUCUACACAGAGCUUUACAUCACAGAAGGCGGAGCCUCAGAGGUCAACCAGGAACAUGAGAUUAGACACAUGGAGACCGCAUCCAGGAGAGCAGUCGUUCCAGAGAUCACCAUCACAUGUGAAGAGCUCUUUAAAGACCACCCACAUUCACCAAAGCCAGUCAGAGCAGUGCUCACGAAGGGUGUGGCCGGCGUGGGGAAAACAGUGUUGACUCAGAAGUUCUGUCUGGACUGGGCUGAAGGCCGGGCCCACCAGGACCUCCAGCUGCUGUUUCCGUUCACUUUCAGAGAGCUGAAUGUGCUCAGAGACACGCAGUUCAGCCUGGUAGAGCUGCUGCACCACUUCUUCAGUCCAUCCAAAGAUCUCUGCAGCUUCCAACAGCUCCAGGUGCUCUUCAUCUUUGACGGUCUGGAUGAGUGCAGACUUCCUCUAGACUUCAGCCGAACCCAGGCCUUGAGCGACCCCACAGAAUCCACCUCAGUGCACGUGCUGCUGGUGAACCUCAUCAGGGGAAGCCUGCUUCCCUACGCUCGUCUCUGGAUAACCACACGCCCCGCCGCGGCCAAUCAGAUCCCUGCUGAGUGCAUCUCCAUGGUGACAGAGGUGCGAGGGUUUGCCGACCUGCAGAAGGAUCAGUACUUCAGGAAGAGGUUCACAGACCAGGCCAUAGCCAUCAUCUCCCACAUCAAGAGCAUCCGCAGCCUCCACAUCAUGAGUCACAUCCCAGUCUUCUGCUGGAUCCUCUCCACAGUUCUACAAAAGCUUCUGGAACAAGCAGAGAGACAAGAACUGCCCCGGACUCUCACGCAGAUGUACGUCCACUUUCUGGUGGUGCAGGCCAAAGUCCAGAAUAUCAAGUAUCACCAGGGAUCAGGGGCAGAUCUUCACUGGACUCCAGAGACCAGGGAGAUGGUGCGUUCUCUGGGAAAACUGGCCUUUGAGCAGCUGCAAAAAGGAAACCUGAUUUUCUAUGAGAGUGACCUGGGUGAGUGUGGGCUGGAUGCUGCAGCGGCCUCAGUGUAUUCCGGAGUGUUCACACAGGUCUUCAGAGAGGAGCCAGGCCUGUACCAGGACAAGGUCUACUGCUUCAUCCAUCUGAGUGUGCAGGAGUUUCUGGCUGCUCUUCACGUCCAUCACACCUUCUUCAGCUCAGGAGAGAACCUGCUGAAGACACCACACUCCUCUGAGAGCUCUGACCCUGAGUCUUACCCUGAGGCAGCCUUCUACCGUUCUGCUGUGGUCCAGGCCUUACAGAGUCCAAAUGGGCACCUGGACCUAUUCCUGCGCUUCCUCCUGGGGCUAUCUCUGCCGACCAAUCAGAGCCUUCUGCAGGGUCUUCUGUCUCAAACAGGAAGUGACAGGACCAAUCAGAUGACAGUAAAGUACAUCAAACAGAAGUUGAAUGAAGAGGGUCUGUCUGUAGAGAGAAACCUGAACCUGUUCCACUGUCUGAACGAGCUCAACGACUGCAGUCUGGUGCAGGAGAUACAGAAGAACAUGAGAAAAUACCUCUCUGAUAGAAACAUGUCUCCUGCUCAAUGGGCAGCUCUGUCCUUUGUCUUACUGUCCUCAGACUCAGACCUGGAAGAGUUUGACCUGAGGAAAUACCAGGCCUCAGAGAGAGCUCUCCUGGGUCUAACACCGGUGUUCAAAGUUUCCACCAAAGCCCUUCUUUGUGGCUGUGGCUUGUCCCCUCACAGCUGUGGUCCUCUGUCCUCAGUCCUCAGCUCCUCCAGACUCACACAUCUGGAUCUCAGUCACAAUGAUCUCCAUGACUCAGGAGUGGAGCUGCUGUGUUCUGGACUGAAAAGUGCCCAAUGUAAACUGGAGACGCUCAGGUUGUCUGGGUGUCUGAUCUCAGAGAGGGGCGGGGCUGCGCUGGCCUCAGCUCUGAGCUCCACCCCGUCCCACCUGAAAGAGUUAGAUCUGAGCUACAACCAUCCAGGACCCUCAGCCGAGCUCUUGAUGGCUCUACAGCGCCCCCUGCCAUCUGUCAGGCUGGAUCCUGCUGGAGAGCGCUGGAUGGUCCCAGGUCUGAGGAAAUACUCCUGUGAUUUCUCUCUGGACCCAAACACGGCUCACAGGCACGUGCUUCUGUCUGAGGACAAUCAGACUGCGAGCCGUGCGGUGGAGGAGCAGCCGUACCCAGAUCAUGAGGACAGGUUCACCGACUGGGAGCAGGUCCUGAGCUGCACUGGCCUGAAGGGGCGUUGUUACUGGGAGGUGGAGUGGAGCGGGGGGGUAGAUAUAGCAGUGACGUACAGAGGGAUCACACGGAGCGGAGGGGGGCUGGAGUGUGCCUUUGGACUCAACGAUGUGUCCUGGAGUCUGAGGAUCUAUGAUGAUGGAGUCUACUAUGUCUGUCACAAGAGCAACUCAACACGGCUCCACCUGUCGCGACGCUCGGGGGAAGGGGGCGUGACUAUUAAAGGGAGGGUGUUUUCUGGCAGAGUGGGGAUGUUCCUGGACUCUGAGGCUGGAGAACUGGCCUUCUAUGACGUCUGCUCUGAUGGAGAACUGUCCCACCUCUGGACCUUCUCCUCGUCCUUCUCUGAGCCUCUGUUCCCUGGGUUUGGACUGGGGAAAGGCUCCUCUAUAACCCACGUAAAAAGUAGUACAAAAUAAUAUACUCUUAAAAGCACUUUCCAUGGGCGGUUGUACUUUUUAAAAAAUGAAUUUCUGUUUGUCCAGCUUCUGAUAAAAGGGACCUACCAUAUUUUCCGCACUAUAGGGCGCUCUGGAUUAUAUGGUGUACUGUCAUCAAUGGUCUAUUUUCGAACUUUUUUCAGAAUUAAACCGCACCAGACUUUAAAUGAAACACAACAGUUUACAGUGACUCUCGGCUUUGUUCAAUUGUGUCGUGUAGGGACCACUGGAUUGGCUCAAAGUGGCACAUUGCACUUGCCUUUUCGCUUCGUUUUUCCGUUCCAUUCCUCGUCCCCGUGGAGUGAUGAGUGUGGCUGCGGGUGUUUUUCGCUGCGUGGUCCCUGUCUGCUCCGUGCGUGUUUGCGGGUGGUGUGGCUUUGUAGUUUACUGAAGUUGUGCUGGGACACCCGAGUGGAUUCGUGUAUAGGGCACUCUGGAUUGUGGGGCGAGUGGUUGUUUUUUGAUGGGGUUGGAGGCUUAUGAGCGCGCCCUAUAGUGCGGAAAAUACGGUACUUAUUUUCAGUAAAAUCAACCAUUCUGAUAAAAAUCUGGACCAGUUUAUACUCCAAACCCACAACUAAAAAAUAGCUGAUAUGAAUUUAGAGAGAUCUACUUCAGCUUUGACAUUGGAAUUGUGAAGACCCAACAAAUGCUCAAUCUGCCGUCUCUAUACCUGUUCUUGACCUUUCUCUGUGGAGAGCUUCUUCCCAAUUUAGAUGAGAGUACAGAGAAGGCCAAAAGUACACAGCUUCACAAAGAGUCCAGUCAUUUGUCUGAGCCCCAAAGAGUUCAGAAACAGAUUAGUUUGAAUUGUGAGUCAUCUUAUUCAAGCAUUCUAGGAAAAAAAACAAAAAAAACAGUCCAGUUUUAUUAGAUUUUUUAUUGAAAGCAUACAUACAUUAAAACAUUUUUAAAUGCAAGAUUAUAGGUCCAAAACAUUAAUAGCAAGAUAUACGAUUUCAAAUGACAAGAUGAAAUAAUAAUAAUGACAGAGUAAAAAUAAUCCGUUAGUGAGUGUUUACAUGUAGUGUGUGUGUAUGUGUGUGUGUGUAUAACUUAAGCAUGUUCUCUAGAAGAUCGUGCUUUCAAAUGGUACUUUUACAUAAGCUCUAAAAGAAUGCACAUUUUAAACACACUCAUAAUGGGUACACUUGUAUAAUAGGUUUGUACCAUUAGUUUAUAGUAUACUACAUGUUACUGCAGUACAAGGGAAUUACUCUCAAAUGUACUUGACUUUAGUUUCCUUUUAUCUAAUGCACUCACUGUUACUAAACUCUUGCAUUAUGUACAUUUUUGGUGGAGGGUCUGUUUUUCUCUUCUCCAUGGAGAUGUUCUUGCUUUGUCUGGAAUGUUUCACAGUAUGGCAUUAAACCUUUCUAUCAACAUGGAGACCAAACCAGACCGAGUUACAGGUCAGAUCUGUGGAGAGGCAACACCGCUCACAGUGAGAAUGCCUGUUUUUCUAGGUGUUUUUGAGCUAUAAAACCACCUGUGAUUGCAUAAAUGUAAAGUAGAGCUGUUUAAUGUCAUACUGUGGAACAUUCCAGGCAGAGCAAUGGCAUGUCCAUAGAAGUACUGAGCUUCUCCAUAGAAACACCACUGAGCUAUUGAUUUAUAGAUUUAUACUACACAUGAAUAUACUGUAAACACGUUAUUCAAAAAUGCUCUGUUAAAUCAUAAAGUGCACUUUGAAUAAAUGCACUUAUACUUAGUUCUCUCAAACUGUACCUUUGUGCCAGUUUCAUAAUGUAUUACAAGGCAAUAUAUUCAGAAAUGCUCUUCCAGAUUGUUCUGAAAUGUGUUUAUUUAAUGGUGGUGGUCUCAUAGUGUCAUUAUUAUAGCAUACUACUCAUGAAUAUACUGCAAACACAUUGUUCAUAAAUGCUUUUAUUGGUGGUUUCUAGAAUGAGAUGGUGUCAUACUCCCAGAUGAAGGACAAGAGACAGUUUUUUCUUAUUGAUUACACUGUACUUUACCAUGAAAUAUCCAAAAUUCACAAAUGUUUGAUCUGAAUUGCUUAACUCAGAUAAUGCAGUCAAAAAAUAAUUAUAAAAG